AUGGCGGACCAAUGGUUGAAUAAGAUAUUUCUCGAAUACACGACCAGUUUUGGGGAAAUGUAUAGUAUCGAGAUCCGGGAUUUCCUGCACAUCACCUCACUAGGAGGUAGCAGGGAAAUAAACGAGGUAACAAAUUGUUGGUUCAAGGAAGACCCGGUCAACAUCUCUCUCGCCCUACUUACUCAAAUGUACGGGCGCGAUGACGUCCUUGUCGUGGGGACAUUCUGGGGCCAGCAGCUCUGUAAUCUGGGUCGGGGGAUGAUCGAGAUGGAUUCCCUCCCAUCUGUAAGAGAUAUUAAAACGGCGUUGCAGAAUGAGGAAUUCCGCUACGUGGUUGUGCCUUGUAGCGAUGGAAUG